AUGGCUAGUGAUCAGCUCGGUUAUCAGCCACUGACUAUGCCUGAAGCUGGAGGAUAUGAUUAUCAAUACGUUGAAGAACCUCCAGAAAACCUAACGUGUCCAAUCUGUUGCCUGCCUUGUCGAGAGCCACAGAUAGUAGAUUGCUGUGGAGCUAAAUUCUGUUUGUCCUGUAUUGACAGAGAACGACUUGCUGGGAGGCCUUGUCCUUUAUGCAGAACAAAAGAGUUCAGAAUGUUGACAGACAAAGACCACAAGAGGAAAGUAAAGGCACUCAAAGUGCACUGCACUCACAGGGAGGAGGGGUGUCAAUGGAUUGGUGAGCUACGUCAUAUUAAAGAUCCUCAUCUAGUGAAGGAUUGUCAAUACGUCCUUGAUGAAUGUAAAUGGGACUGUGGCCAGAAAUAUACACGUAAAGAUAUAAAGUUUCAUGAACAGGAUGAGUGUGUCAAUCGACCCUUGGAACUUGUUCUGUUGAAAAAAAUUAAGAUUGGUAGAGGAGUGUAA